GCCAUCUUUGCCUUAACCAGAACAUCAGUUAAAAGUCAGAGCGGAACUGUAGUUUCAGUCCAAUUGCUGGAACGACCCGUUUUCGCGGUGUACCGCGCCUGCUUCGCGGCUCUGAGCGCGCAUAGAGCUCAACUUCGUCCCAAAAACUCAGCUCGGUGCGACCGGCGGCAGCGUCUGCGUUGUCGUGUGACCCGGCCCGUCAUGUCAGACACAUGGAGCAACAUCCAGGCCCACAAAAAGCAGCUGGACUCGCUGCGGGAGAGGCUGCAGCGGCGGCGGAAGGACCCCGCGCAGCUGUCCGUGGCGGAUGGGGGAGGCAGCUCUGAAGGCUCCGUAGCCAGGAGUGACAGCCCGGCCCCGUCGGCUCCACCCGGCGCUCCAGAGGAGACGGAAAAGCCUCCGGACCCCGAGUUAGAGAAGAGGCUGCUGGGAUAUCUGUCCGACCUGAGCCUCUCCCUGCCCACCGACUCCCUCGCCAUCAAAAACGAGCUCCACAGCUCGGAGUCGGCGGUUAGUCACGCGUCCAUCCAGAGCCUGCUGCUCAAGUUCUCCGCUCAGGAGCUCAUCGAGGUCCGACAGCCUCCCUCCUCCUCCUCCUCUUCCUCCUCCCCCCCCACCGUGGUCGUGGCCGUGGACCACACCAAGCUGUGGGCCAUGAUUGGGUCGGUGGGCGGGGCCCAGAGGGCCGGGGUCAAGAGGAAGGCGGAGGACCAGGCGCUCGGCAAGAUGGCGGCCGGCGCCGGGUUCCCGCCCUCGCGGCAGAGCGCCGCCCCCCCGCCGCUCUCCUCCAUCUCCUCCAUCUCCUCCCUGACCCCCGCCUCCUCUUGCCCAAUGGCCGGGCCCUCGGCCUCGGGCGGGGGCGCAGAGAAGAAGAGCAGGAGCAGCAAGAGCCAGUCGUCCCACCUGGACAUGGAGAUCGAGAACCUCCUGAACCAGCAAUCCACCAAGGAGCAGCAGAGCAAGAAGGUGAGCCGUGAGAUCCUGGAGCUGCUGAACGCCAGCACAGCAAAGGAGCAGUCCAUCGUGGAGAAGUUCCGCUCCAGGGGCCGCGCGCAGGUGCAGGAGUUCUGCGACCACGGGACCAAGGAGGACUGCGUCCGCUCCGGGGACGCCCCCCAGCCCUGCACCAAGCUGCACUUUCGGCGCAUCAUCAACAAGCACACGGACGAGAGCCUGGGCGACUGCUCCUUCCUCAACACCUGCUUCCACAUGGACACCUGCAAGUACGUCCACUACGAGAUCGACAGCCCCCCCGAGGCCGAGGGCGGCCUGCUGGGGCCCCCGCUGGGCCCCGCCGAGCUGGGCCUGCACGCCGGGGACGCCGACAGCACCGUGGGCACGCUGUUCCCCUCCCAGUGGAUCUGCUGCGACAUCCGCUUCCUGGACGUGUCCAUCCUGGGGAAGUUUGCGGUGGUGAUGGCCGACCCGCCCUGGGAUAUCCACAUGGAGCUGCCCUACGGCACCCUGACCGACGACGAGAUGAGGAAGCUCAGCAUCCCCGCCCUGCAGGAAGACGGCUUCCUCUUCCUCUGGGUCACCGGCAGGGCCAUGGAGCUGGGCCGAGAGUGUCUCAGCCUCUGGGGCUACGAGCGCGUGGACGAGAUCAUCUGGGUCAAAACCAACCAGCUCCAGAGGAUCAUCCGCACGGGCCGAACGGGCCACUGGCUGAACCACGGGAAGGAGCACUGCCUGGUGGGGUUCAAAGGGAACACGCAGGGCUUCAACAGAGGGCUGGACUGCGACGUCAUCGUGGCUGAGGUCCGCUCCACCAGCCACAAACCGGACGAGAUCUACGGGAUGAUCGAGCGGCUCUCUCCGGGAACCAGGAAGAUCGAGCUGUUCGGGCGGCCCCACAACGUUCAGCCCAACUGGAUCACCCUGGGGAACCAGCUGGACGGCAUCCACCUGCUGGACCCGGAGGUGGUGGCCCGGUUUAAGAGCCGGUACCCCGACGGCGUCAUCUCCAAACCCUGAGACAAACCUGCUCGUCUCCGGACUUCUUUUAUACUUGUAAAUAUCUCUUUUUUUUUUUUUUAAAUAAACACUUUCAG